AUGACUAGAAUCACGAAAAUCUGCAUUCUCCUCCCGCUAUGCACAAUCACAUCAUUCCUCUCCGUUUGUUUCCCACAUGCUUAUACAUCCUUAAAACCCUGGCUCGACGUCUUCCAGGCAGUCGCGCUAGGCUCCUUCUUUCUACUUUUGUGUGAAUUGAUUUCAAAAGACUCAGAUACGGAGACAGAUAUCUUCUUCACGGCCUUUGAAGUCCCGCAAAACAAAGGAAAGUCGCAUUUGACCGGACUAAAAUGGUUUCGCGUAUUUCCAUACACGGCGCUCACACCUGCCUCCCUCUGUCAGAACCAAUGGAUUCCUAUCUUCCAAUAUCCAGUCAUCGCCUUCGGCGUCGCAAUUGCAACAGAUGUCACCCAAGCAGUGGAAAUCUAUUGCUUAGGGAGCAACGAACCAUAUUUUGCGCAUCUUUGGUUGGCGAUCAUCUCCAUUAUUUCCGUCGCAUUCGCUGUGAUGUCUGUGCUUAACUUCUACCGAGGACUGACGGGAUUCAGCCAAGCAUGGAUAAUAUUCGCAAUCCUCCGCACAACAGAUACCCUCACCCCAACCACCAAACUAAGCUACGCGGACGUGACUAUCGGAAUACCAUAUCUAAUAGUCUGCCUCUAA